UAUUGGAUCCAUUCAGCGCGGCGCCGGCGAGCGCGUCCCGCACGGCUCGUCCCGGCCCGCCGCCCCGUGCCCGAGCAGCAUGGCGGCCACCGAGCUGGAGCGGCCCUCGAGUAUGGAGUCCGAGCCCCGGAGCCUCUCGCUGGGUGGCCAUGUGGGCUUUGACAGCCUCCCUGACCAGCUGGUCAGCAAGUCCAUCACUCAGGGCUUCAGCUUCAACAUCCUCUGUGUGGGCGAGACUGGCAUUGGCAAGUCCACGCUGAUGAACACGCUCUUCAACACCACCUUUGAGACUGAGGAAGCCAGUCACCACGAGGGGUGCGUGCGCCUGCGGCCUCAGACUUACGACCUCCAGGAGAGCAACGUGCACCUCAGGCUGACCAUUGUGGACGCCGUGGGCUUCGGGGACCAGAUCAAUAAGGACGACAGUUACAGGCCCAUAGUCGACUACAUCGAUGCACAGUUUGAAAACUAUCUGCAGGAGGAGCUGAAGAUCCGCCGCUCGCUCUUCGACUACCACGACACAAGGAUCCAUGUGUGCCUCUACUUCAUCACGCCCACCGGGCACUCCCUGAAGUCCUUGGACCUGGUUACCAUGAAGAAGCUGGACAGCAAGGUGAACAUAAUUCCCAUCAUUGCCAAGGCUGACACUAUCUCCAAAAGCGAGCUCCACAAGUUCAAGAUCAAGAUCAUGGGCGAGUUGGUCAGCAACGGGGUCCAGAUCUACCAGUUUCCCACCGACGACGAGGCCGUUGCGGAGAUUAACGCAGUCAUGAAUGCACACCUGCCCUUCGCUGUGGUGGGCAGCACCGAGGAGGUGAAGGUGGGCAACAAGCUGGUCCGAGCGCGGCAGUACCCUUGGGGAGUGGUGCAGGUGGAGAACGAGAACCACUGCGACUUCGUGAAGCUCCGGGAGAUGCUGAUCCGGGUGAACAUGGAGGACCUCCGCGAGCAGACCCACAGUCGGCACUACGAGCUCUACCGGCGCUGCAAGCUGGAGGAGAUGGGCUUCCAGGACAGUGACGGCGACAGCCAGCCCUUCAGCCUGCAAGAGACGUACGAGGCCAAGAGGAAAGAGUUCCUGAGCGAGCUGCAGAGGAAGGAGGAAGAGAUGAGGCAGAUGUUUGUCAGCAAAGUGAAGGAGACGGAGCUGGAGCUGAAGGAGAAGGAGAGGGAGCUGCACGAGAAGUUUGAGCACCUGAAGAGGAUCCACCAGGAGGAGAAGCGCAAGGUAGAGGAGAAGCGCCGGGAGCUGGAAGAGGAGGCCAGUGCCUUCAACUGCAGGAAGGCGGCCGUGGAGGCCCUGCAGUCUCAGGCCGUGCAUGCCACCUCACAGCAGCCCCCGAGGAAGGACAAGGACAGGAAGAAAUCUUGACCCUCAGCCUGGGACGCCACAAACUGAAGCCAGUUCUCUGCUUCGCCCGUCACAAAUGCCAAACUGACUGCCCUUCCCCAGUGUCCAUCUUGCUGUCUUUUGCUUCUGUUUGAUUUGGUCUGCGUAUCUUUUAAUGUGUCUGUUUUUGUUCUGUUUGUUUUAUUUUUAUUUUUCAGUUAACGCACGCACAGACUUACAUGUCAAGAGUGGACUUUAGACUUUCAUGUAUUAAGUUGCUUGAGUUACACCUUGUGACCCUUCUCCCAUAACGUGGCGUGAGGACGGACUGGGAGCUGGCGCGCAGCCUCCAGUGUUUACUGCCUCGCCCCUGCCCCGUCCCGCCCGGCCCCAGGCUGCCCUCGGUCUGGCCGCCACACCCUCUGUGCAAACGUGCAGAAGCCGUGAAUGCUGGAAUCCAAAACUGACGAGGUUUAUUUUUUUCAGAGCCAGUGGCUGGUCUUCCAUUUACAGUGUCACUAUUCCUUGAUGGAGCAGUUAUAAGCCACUCUAGUGAAGGCCCCAGGCGGUGGUGCUAGGCCUAAUUGUUCGGCGUCAAGAUGGUGACUCACGCAGUGCCGUAUGUGCGGCCUGUGGUCUGGUAUACAUGCUGCAAAAUUUGCCCGGGCCCCCUUUGUUUUAAUUUUUUUCUAACCUCGAGUUUAAUUUCAUUAAUAACUUUGAGACUCUUCUAAAUUUUUAUUUUGGCACCAGCGUAAAGACAAAUAAUAUCCUCUCCCAUUAUUUUCAUACGUAACACAGACUCCCUGGUUUUUAAAAACUAAAAAAAACCCUCUAAACCCUUCUCAUGUAUAGAGCACCCCUAUAACAUAUAGGGAGAGGUGGUUAAUAAACUUCCUGUAAUGACAGUGUUUGAAAGUUCUUUACCGAUAAAAGUGGAUCACGAGCAAGACCACAUCCAUCAUUUUUACUGUGAAUGUAAAUGGAACAGCAGCCCAAAGCCAUUGUCUGGCCAAGGUGCCACCUGUGAAGAGGGACCAAGCCAUGUGUGUGUGUUAAGUGUUUAAUUCCAAAUAAGACUCCCGGCCAACCCUGGCUUUCCAGUUCCAAGAGGGCUCUGAGGAAAAGGCUGUUGGUGCCUUGAGGUCAUUGUUUCUUCCUUCCGGGCAAAGAGAAGGAGCUGCCUGGUAUGUUUAAGACAAUCUGAGAAAAAGCAGCCAGGGUAGCUUUUCUCCCUUGGGCUGCACUCUACGGAAGAACAUUUUAAGAGUGCUAGCAGCAUUCAUUCUUCCGUGCUCUUAGUGGGCUGCCAGCCUCUGGGAGUAUCAGGGUGGACAUCAGACUGGGAGAUGAAAGUGAAAUCCUUUCUUGGUGGACCACGAAAGCUCACAGCCUGGCACACUCCUUGUUGGGAGCCUUACGGGCUGUGCUCAGUAUUGCUGGGCUGGUAGCUUUUCAUGCCCACUGUAUUUCUUCCUGUCACCAUUCCUCCCUUUCUGCCUGGCCUGCUUUAGUGAUUUCCAGGACCAAGCCUGGGCUUCCUCCUGCCCCUCUGAGAUGAUACUGCAUUGAGAGUUAGAUGGAGGGAGAGCCGGGCGUGGUGGUGCAUAGCACUCGGGAGGCUGAGGCAGGAGGGAUCACUGGUAGUUUGAGGCUAGUCUGGGCCACAUAAUGAGUUCAAGGCCAGCCUGAAGUAUAUAGGAGACAUUGUCUCAACUCACACCCCAGAAGUUAGGUGGAAGGAUGGGCUCUUGUGGGUCCACUGGGGAACGGCCGGAAAGGAGCAGCCUGUACAGUUGAGGGGCUCCUCCUGCCGGCAGUAGAGGAGGUUUUAUUGAUAUCCCAAAUAAAGUUACGCCCUGACUAGGGCCAGAAACUUAAACUAUUUAGGAGACUUUUAAAACCAAAAGAAUAAGAAUAUAAAAUUAGGUAUGGGCCUUGGAAGGGGCCCUGGAGAUGAAGCUUCAUCAGCCUCACAGUAAAUCCACCUCUGGCUGUGCUCGGACACUGACGUAUCAGUGUGGUGUCUGAAAGGUAGCCCUGCUUGUCACAGGCUGGUGUGUACUCCGAGCAGCUCCUCCACAGCCUGCUUGGACGUCUGAGGUAUACUCACCUGGCUCAGAGCCUGCCCUUGCAAGUAGCCUUUCCUAGCUGAUGUGUUUCUGACAGCGAGGCUCUGACCCGGCAGGUGCAGUGCUUCUGUGAGUGAGGGGACUCCGAGCUCGUGGGCCUCGAGUGGCCCAUGCUGCCCCCUGCCCACUGCAAUGCUGAGGGCAGCCCGGGCGUACUAGAAGGCCCAGCUGUGCUUGGUGGCUGGCCUGCCCUAACAGACUUGCACUUUCUGGAGACCGAGCUGCCCCACCAGCCCCAACAUUAGCAAGCCUCACUGCACCUCUCCCAUUGCCGUUUGUGUUUGGAAUUUUGUCAUCUUGAGCUGAGACCAAAUUCUUGGUGUACAGGACGAGGAUAAAACUUGACAUUAACAAACUACUGUCAUGGAGCAUGACCCCCAUGUGCAGAUCUGAUGUACCCCUCAUUUCUCAACAUUUGCCAGCAUUAUUUGGGAUGUCAUAGAGGAUCACGUUGGAAUUUACUAUCACGUCUUCCUUGAACCACACUGGUUUGGGGUAGAACCACCAUAUAAUUUAUUGUCCAAACUGGGCCUUGUGAGAGAAAGGGGCUGCUGUUAAUGAAUGUGCCAGGCCAGCAGCAUGAACUGGAAGCGCCCCAAACAAGCCAGGAUUUGUGGUCUCACUCGCUACAGGGGAUCCGAGGCCAUGGUUUGUGGUUGUGCAGACUGCACUUAUGUUUGUGUGUAGGGGGGUUCCUGGUCAGUGGGGCUCCCGUUACUGGGCAGGAGGCUGAGGGAGCGUGCCUUGUGAUGUUAUGUUAACAUGCUUUUCUAAAACUGCUUCACUUGUUAAUUCAUUUACUCCAUUCAUUGACUGUUUUUGUUCCUCUCCAUUCACUUUGUACUUUUUUUUCCCCCAUUAAAUUUCGCAUUUAUUUUGA